ACACGCACAUCAGCCAUUCCUCUGCCUCGUCUCUCUCAUCUAACCACCUUCUGCUCCGCCGUCCACCGCCGCGGCUCCUCUUCUCCUUCCCUCACCUUAGGGUUUCUCCUUCUCCCCUCAUCUUCCGAUCAUCUGUUCAUAAUCUGUUCACGCAUGUACGUAGUACAUCGAUAGAUUGCAGGGUCUUUUUGUGGUACGGGAGUGUAUAUCUUCGUAUGAAUCUGUAGAAAGAAGGGUUUCGUUUUCCGUUGUCCUUCUUCUUCAAUGGCGACGGCACCGGUGAAACCGCUCCAUAACUUCCCCGUCUCGCUAAAAUGGGGCAAAACCGCAACGCUCGCCGCCGGUGGAAGCAACAGCACCGGUCGUCCUGCUCCGCCCCCGCUACCCAACGAAUCGGAGACGGAUUCCGAUCCCGAUGCUUUCCGACGGCCGCACCGUCGGCCACCUCCACCGCCUGCUGGUGCUGCCGUGACCUCUCAUCGGGUCGGAUCCCGGUCCGCCCGGCAGCAGCGGUUCUCCUUCAGCUCGUGCUCGAGCAUACUCCAGAAGCAGCAGAUGACGACGGCGACGAUGGUCGAGAAGGAAGCGGCGGCGACGGCGGAAGAGCAGCUGCGGAAGGGAGUCGUCGCGGUUCCGGAACGCAACAAGGAAGUGGAAACUGGCGGUGGAGGAGGAGGAGGAGGAGAGGCGGAAGAAGUAGAAGAGGAAGGGAAUCAUCAGAGGCCAUGGAAAUUGAGGCCGAGAAGGGGCCUCUAUUGCUCCUCCGUCGGUGGUGACCCGAUGAUGCAGCAAUCGAAGGACAAACCGCAGCAACAAACACCGGCGAAAUCGAUGCGACUGAGAGGAUUGGCGGAGGAUGUUGGCGGCGGCGGCAGCGGAGGAGGAGUGUCUUUUGAGAAGAAGGAGAAGAGGAAGUUCUGGAUUGCUCUGUCGAAGGAAGAGAUAGAGGAGGAUGUGUUUAUCUUGACCGGUUCCAGACCCUCCCGCCGGCCAAGGAAACGCCCCAAGAACGUCCAAAAAUCGGUUGAUAACGUCUUUCCUGGUUUGUGGUUGGUGGGAGCUACAGUGGAUUCAUACAGAAUUCCAGAGAGCCCGAUUAAGGUCUAGGUAGAGAUACAUAGAGGUUACAUGUCGUUGUUUUUGGGAGAGGGCUCUUUGGAGGUUAGAGAGGAGUUGCUUGCUAUGCUGCUCUCCAUGGCCGAUUUUGUGUAAAAAGAGGGUGCUAAAGAAAACUAGUCUCUUUGAUGCAUAGUGAAUUAUUAGCAGCUAUAGUUUGAUAUGCCAUUUUGUGCGGCUCCCUUUGCCAUGCGAUGCAGAGCGGAGUGGACAGAGGUUUAUAGUCUUUUGCAGUGAUAGUACAUUACAAUGUCGGACAGAAUAUACAGGGAAAGGAAAAAUGGAUGUACAGGUGAAAGUUAAUGGCUUUUCUUUUAGUUUAGUUCUUCAGCAAAUGGGGAAUUGUUGUGUUUUCAGCUUGCUGAAUAUUUAUGUUUACUUGCUUG